AUGAUGCGCCGUGCCAUUGCUCAGCCCGUCGCCCGUCGCGCGGCGGCCGCCUCCAGCGCGCUCGUGGUGGCCCCUCGCCAGGCCUCCACUGUCACCCUCUCCGUCCAGGGCCUGCACUACGUCGGCACCGGCCUCGCCGCCAUCGCCCUCGGUGGUGUCGGCUUGGGUAUCGGUGCCAUCUUUGGCUGCCUGCUGAUAGGCUGCGCUCGCCAGCCCAACCUGACCAAGAUGCUCUUCAACUACGCCAUUCUCGGCUUCGCCCUGACGGAGGCCAUUGGCCUGUUCGCGCUGAUGCUCGCCUUCCUCAUGCUCUUCUCGUAG